AUGGUUCUCCACGGUCACCAAGAGCUAUGGAUCGCCAGUCCAGACGUCGAACGGUACGAGGAAAGAACCAUUAGUAACAUCGAGAACGAUGAGGUACCAGUGUUGACCGUCGGCAUUGGUGGCCUUGUAGGCGCCCCUUUCUUUCUUCGCGCUGGCAAGCAAGGCUUUCCAGACGGCGUUACCGUAGUAACGCAAAGCGAAAAGGGCAGAGAGACAGAGUCUCGCUACGACGCAGAGCCGGAUCUGGUCUACAAACAUCGUGACCUGUACGACAACAUCAGGCGUCGAAAUCACUUCUGGACCUUCGAGCGCGAGGAUUGGAUCUUCGGCUCGGUCAAGAUUCUCGUCGUUCAGGUUCUUCCUCGCACCAUUGAUAAAGGCUUUGACGGCAAAGGCUUCAUUUUCGUUAUCAGGCUUGCCUGUAUCGAGCCGGCUAUGAUGCAAGCUCUAUGCGCCGACGAGCGUUUGCUCCAGCGCCUCAACAACCUUUCCUUAACGAGCCCGCGCAGGGACACCCACAUCCCAACCUCCUGGUCAACAAGACUCGAUGCUUCUCGCUCAAGCUCUACCGCUCCAGCUUUGGCCGACUUCUACUUUGACCCUCUCGAAGCCGCCAGAAGAGCGCGCGAGUUUCGUCGCGGCAAAGCUCAGCCGAGAGCUUUACCUUUCACCUCGGCGACCCAGCCUCCAAACCGCGGCACCAGGCGUGGUGUCUUAGCCGACGUCCUCGAGGAUGAGUUUAUGCCACCUAUCAACGAUGAGACAGCUCAGAAGGCCGAGUCACCCGAAGCGAUUCAGAUCACGGAUUCCGAAGAGGAGGACGAGCAGAUCAGACAGCCACGCUACGUCCAGCAGCCCCUCCAGAUCCAACAGCCUCGCCACACAGCGGACCUCUUCGAGGACUCGUCGGACGAUGACAAGACCGACGACGAGAGCCUCGCUGCAGGUGUGCGAAACAAAGACGACGAGGGAGAUGAUGACGACGAUGACGACGAUGCACCCCUCACUAAUCUCAUCAAGCGUUCGACGUCUGCCGAUGACAAGGACGAGGAGCGGCCGUCAACUCUCAGACGUCGUGCUAGCGAGGGGCAGGCAAGGGACAGGACACGUGUUGCUGCAGACCGCCGCUCUCUGGACAAUGAUGACGAGCUUUUCGACGACGCCAACUUCAACGCGGAUGUCACAGGCUUCGAGGAACCUCGACGCAGAUCAAGCCGUUUGUUGGCAAAGCAGAAGAAGAUUGUGUUGGUCAAGCCCACCUUUAACGAGAAGAUGUUGGAGCUCGUGCGCUUGCAUUGGCGCCGCCCUACGGGUGAGCUACUGGCGGAGAAUGAGGCGGCAGAGAUCGUGGUCGCCGACAACCCAAGAGAGCUCGCACGCAUCGCUGCAGAGAACGAAGAGAUGCUUCAGAAAACGCAACAGGAGAGGGAGGAGGACAAAAAGCACCGAGACGAACACGAGUCAAAUCCUGAAGAGUACAUCCCGGUCAAUCAAAUACCUGUGUAUAUCAAGCUGAUUGCAGGAGGCGAUGCGGAGGAACCUAUAAGGCGCUCUGGGCUGGAAGAGCAUCAUGCGGUUGGGGAUGAGGAGAUUGAUGUGGCUGAGCCACAGCCUACGAGGAAGAGAGUGAAGGACGGGAACUUUUUCUCCAUCACCUUCAUCGAUCAGGAGCUCCAGCGACGCUGGCUGAACAUGGUCAACUUCAAAUUGGCGAAAACAGCAUGGUUUCAGAAGGUGCAACACGAAGCGGCCGUUCGCUCCCGACAGCAUGCCAAGCAGGCGCUCAAGAUAGCACGAAAACUCUGCGAUAGAACUUGA